AUGUAUUGCUUGACUCCAAAGGUCAUGUGCAUUUGGCAGAUUUUGUAUGUCCAGCGUUUACCGUGCAUAAUUCAGCAAAUAUUGACUCUUUGGCAGAAUGUGGCGUCCGAUUUUAAACCCUCGCGACCGUUGACAAGCAAAUCAGGCACUCUUGCAUACCUCGCACCAGAAGUUUUCGAUGGAUCCGGUUAUUUCAGUGAAGUGGAUUGGUGGUCAUUAGGUGUGACAUUUUAUGAAUGCAUUUACGGCAAGAGACCUUUUGACGGCCGAAACCACCACCAACUGGGCGAAUGCAUUAUGCGUGCACAACCCAAAUAUCUCGUGACAAACCCUCCUGUCACUAUUCCCUGUCUUCGAGCGAUGGCGGCCCUAAUGGAAAAAGACCGAUCGAGACGAAUAGGAGCGAAUGGAUUUGAAACUUUUACCUGCCAUCCUUUCUUCGCUGAUAUAGAUUUUGACGCCCUUGAACGAUAUGAUGUACCUCCUGUUUUUGUCCCGUCCAGCGACAAGACUAAUUUCGAUGCGACAUAUGACCUUGAGGAGUUGUUAUUGGAGGAAGCGCCAUUGGAAGCGAGAGCUCGUCGACAGAAGCCCAGAGCUGAACUGAAGGAAGACGCGACACCUAAAGAAAUCAGAGAAGACGAGCUAUACAAGAUAAUAGAGACAAUGUUUGAGCCGUUCGACUACACGCUGGUGAAUUAUGACGGAACUGCCGCAUCCGCUAUUGAAGCUUCGAGUAAUCCGGAAGAACGCCUUCCCUCUACCGUUCCCCUAGCACGUCCGGUACAUUUCCGGCAACUUUCCCAAGGCCGCUCAGGCAGUAUUUCGCCGUCUUUAACCGAAAAGUCGUAUAACCCAUCCAAUGCUUCCGACACAUACUCUCCUCUAGGUGAAACGAUACAUUCUAUAACUUCCCGAGAUACAAAUGGUCGUAAUGGCAUUCAUUCUGCCUCACCUCCGCCUCCCUCUAAUCGGGCACCCACGUCGCAACCAUUGAACAAUAAUCUUCCGCCCAUAUCCCAACGCCCUCCUGGUGCGACGAGGAAGACAAGUAAAGGCGGUGGAGUCCAGAUGGUGCUGGAGGAAACUGGUAGCUGGAGCACGCUUGCCGACCAAACCAGCAUUACUGAAGGGGUAAAAGGGAAACCGAGUGGUGGGAUGUUCUCUUUCCUCAAGGGAAAAAAGGGUCGGGAACGAAGUCCAAAACCAACAGAACCAGGAGUACUGGGCAAAGAGGGCGCAAGACAGAUUAUCAAUUGA